AUGGAUUUCGCUAGUCGUGCUUCUUAUCGUGGUCAAGUAACCAAAUUAGUAAAGAGCGCGAACGAAUACCUACAAUCUGAUGACUCUAAAAUAAAAGAAACGUCGAAUAUAGAUGAAAUCGAGGAGGAAUUAAGUGUUCUGUUAGAGCGGCUCACAGCCACUAAUGAAAGCUUAAAAAAAGCAAACGGUGAUGUGGUGCCGUUAAUAAAAUCAGAUGACAUGGGAAAAGAAGCUGAUACUGUAGCGGAAUACGAAGACAAAGCAAUAUCUACAAUCGCACGACUUAGGUGUCGCCUGUCUAAGCUUCGUCAUUGUCAAGGGCAACCUACAAUCAACGAUAUUAACGAUACCACUCAAACAACAGCACCACUUCCUCCUCUGCCACCUAUCCCGCCAUCGAAUUUCAAUGCAAUUAAAUUAAAAAAAUUGCAGCCAAAGAAGUUCUCUGGCGAAUUUAAAGAUUGGGUUCCAUUUUGGGAACAAUAUCGUGUUCUCGUUCAUGCAAACCCUUCUCUUAGUACCAUCGAUAAAUUUAAUUAUCUCGAAACUGUAUUGACAGGUAAAGCAGCAGAAACAUUAGCUGGUCUCACUCCAUCAGAAGCCAACUACGUUACAGCUAUUACAUUAUUGAAAGAAGAAUACGGAAACAACGAGAAGAUUAUAGAUUUCACGAUGCAACGUUUGCUCUCUAUUCAACCCGUUAAUUCGAAGACAGAUGCUGUUGGUCUGCGACGGUAUCCCGUCGUCUAA